UUUAGACACUCUGUCUCUUUGACCCAACCCUUAAACUAAUCUUCCGCCCACAUUCCUCCAUAACUCUCCGUCUCCGUCUCUCUGUUGCUCUUCAACCUAUAAACUUUUAAUUAUAAAACCCCUCGCUUUCCCCUUUUCCUUUCUUAACUAUUCAACCACAAUAAAAAACAUCUCCUUCCAUUCACAUCUUCCCACGUGUACCCCUUAUAUUAUUAUAACCUUAUUAUACUAGAUUACCUCCCUCAGCUCAUCACCCACCAUUACUUUUCCACACACACACCCGAUUUCCUCGUUCUACUUCUCUCUCCUCCUCCAAACUCCAAACUAUCAUUCAUUGGGGGUGGUGGUGAUUAGAUGUAAAUUCAGGUUUGUUGUUGCCAUCCAUUUAUCCGAUGUCAACAAUCGGAAAAUACAUCGACAACAUAACAUAUUACUUAUCCGAACACCCAUCAAUACUAAAUUUUCGAUGGAGUUCAUCUCAAUCAUGGGGUUCAACAUGGUCAUUCUUAUUCACAUCAAUUUCUCUAUACCUUAUCUUAUCUCUUUUCCUCCACCUUGUUCUAUGUAUCAUCCUACCACGUCGUCGUCCUAUACCAUUAGGCCCAAUCCCAGCCCUUCAUUCUCUCUCUAUGGCGUUAAUCUCCUUCACUAUAUUCUCCGGCAUAUUUCUCUCCGCCACCGCCGAGAUCCGUGACACACGGUGGUUAUGGCGGCGGUCUAAAACCCCUUUUCAAUGGCUCCUUUGUUUCCCACUUGGUACACGUCCAUCUGGUCGUGUAUUCUUUUGGUCUUAUGUUUUUUACCUCUCUAGAUUUCUUCAUCUUUUCCGUACUUUUUUUUACCUCCUACGACGCCGUAAAUUACCCGCGCAUCACCUCUUGAACCACUCGAUUCUUAUCUUUUCGUCGUUUCUAUGGCUUGAAUUUUCACAGUCUUUUCAGGUGCUCGCCAUUGUUUUCACAACUCUUGUUUCGUCUCUUGUUUAUGGGUAUCGAUUUUGGACUGCAAUUGGAUUGCCGAGUGCGUGUUUUCCUUUUGUUUUGAAUUGUCAGAUUGUUCUUCUUGGGUGUAAUUUGAUCUGUCAUGUUGGUGUUCUUCUUAUGCAUUUUCUUAAAGGUGGAUGUAAUGGUAUUGGUGCUUGGGGGUUUAAUUCGGUUUUGAAUACUGCCAUUUUAUCCCUUUUUUUGAAUUACUAUGUCAAGAGGUACCUCAAGAAAAGCAAGCUUAAUUCCAAUAAUUGUAAUAAUGGCGGCAAUGACGGCGGCGGCGGCAAUGGCGAUAGCUCUGAGCUAGAAAAGGUUAAGGAUCUUUAAUAAUGAUGAUGAUGUUGUGAUAUAUAGAUGAUUUUGUGUGGAGUUUUUUCAUUGUAUAUAAGGCAUUUACUAUCAUGAUUGAGGUAGAUACUAGCUAUAUGUUAUGGUAGAUGAAACUGUGAAGUGUGAAUCAAUUGUUGCAACAGAUUUUCAUUGUCACUUGACUUUGUUGCUUCAAUUUGUUACCCCUAUCAGUUUUUUUCCAUGCUCGUGUACAUUGUAGUGGAGACGGAGAAGAAUAGAGAGAAUGAAUCUAAAUAAUGAAUUUCCUCUUUUCUUCA